AUGAAAAAACUCCCCUCAUGCAUUUAUCCUUCGGGGUAGGCGCAAAAAGGAGGUGUGACAAUAAGGACAUAUAAUGAUUCAAUUCCUGGCAAGGAGGUGUUUAUAGGCAUUUAUGUCUGUCUUGAAGCAUUAAAAACUGGAUGGUUAGAAAAGUGCAGAAACAUAAUUGGCUUUGCAUUCCUAAAGGGGACAUGCAAAAGUGAACUGCUUUGUCUCAAGGAAUCAAAGGAUACAUGGUCUUGGUUUAUCAGAUGUCUCAAGCAUGAUCUAAACUUGACAGAAACUGAAGGAGAAGGGCUGACGGUCAUGUCUGAUACGCAGAAGGGUCUUCAUCUAGCAAUAACUCAGUUAUUGCCAAAUACUGAGAUGAGAUGGUGUGCUAGACAUAUCUGGGCUAAUUGGAAGCAAGCUUGGCCUAGUGAGGAAAGAAGGAAAAAAUUCUGGUAGUGUGCAAGAGCUACAUUUGAAGUUUACUUUAGCAAGAAGUUGGAUGAAAUGGACCAGCUGGGGGAGAUAUUGUUCAAGACUUACUGAAAUAUAACAAGGAAACAUGGUGUAAGGCAUACUUCAAAGAACAUAGUAAGUGUGGUGUAGUGGAGAACAACAUGUGUGAGACAUUCAAUAGUUGGAUAUUAACAGCUAGGCACAAGUCUAUCAUUACUAUAUUAGAGGAAAUUAAAAUCAAGUGUAUGGAGAGGAUGAAUAGCAUGAGAGAUUUUUCUGAAAAAUGGGUAGGUGAGAUAUCACCCAUGGCUAUGGAAAUACUUGGAGAGAAUGCUUAAAGGGCAGCCAAAUGUGAAGUCAAAUUUAAUGGUGAAAUAGGGUAUGAGAUCCAUAUAAACAUGUUGUUAACUUUAGGACAUGUACCUGUACUUGUAGAUCAUGACAACUCAAAGGAAUUUCAUGUGCACAUGCAAUUACAACAAUGCAUUAUAAGAACUAUGAGGGAAAGGAUACCUACCUUAAGGCAUAUAGCAGAUUUAUUCAACCUUUAACUAGUAUGAAUUUAUGGCCAAAAAGCACACUGCCAGCUAUUGAGCCACCUGUUAUAAUUGCAAUGCCAGGAAGGCCAAAGAACCAAAGGAGAAAAGCUGCUGAUGAACCAAAGAAGAAGUUUGGGAAGGGUACAAGGAUAGAGAGACAAAUGAGAUGUUCUUUGUGCAAGACUCUAGGACAUAACAAGAAAGGAUUCCCAUUAACAAGAAACCAAGGGGGAAGGGCUGGAACUAGUUCAGUUGGAGGUGAAACUGCUGAAAGUGGAACUGCAACAUCAACAGCAACUGGAAGUGCAUCAGCAGCAGCUGGAAGUACAUUAGUACCAGCAGCUGGAUCAUCAACAAUAGCUGGAAGUGCAUCAGUACCAACAGCCGGAUCAUCAACAACACCUUCAACUAUGGAAAGUGUUGCCUUCACUCUACUAAUCAUUGAUCCAAGCACACAACAAUCAACCAAUAUUACAGGAGGUCCAAAAAGGAAGACCAAUGAGCCUAGAAGAGGUGGUGUAAAUGUAGGGUCUAAGAGACCAAAGACAGCAGGAUAUAGUGUGCUAUUUGAUUCAAGUGGCACUGUUAUACAGAGGUCUGGAACUACUGACAAAGUGGUACACAAUUCUUCUACACUCAUAAGUUCUGCUCCUACCAACAUUGAACUUAGGUUCAAACCACUUGGACUAAAGUGGAAGGGCCGAGCAGCAGUUACACAAAGGCAGCUGCAAGAACAGAGUUACAGAAGGGCAAAGUCUACUACAACCACUCAAGCCACCCUAGUUACACAAUCCACACCAAGCAGCCAAGCCACAACAAACAUUAAUUGAAGUGCUCAACUGAUAUUUACAUAUGUAUGUGUUUUGUUGACUGUGGUAGACAAUAUUUUGUAAAGCUACUUCAUUAUGUAUGUUUUUGUUGACCGCCUAUCGUUGGCAAUAUUUUGUAAACCAACUCCCUUAUUUUGGAUGUUUUAUUAACUGCCUA